GCGGGUAUGAGGCCCAUUUUGUACUCGGGUCUGUUUUUCAUUUUCACCAUUUUUGCGCCAGAAAGGAAAACCUCAAAUCAAAACCCAAACCCUUGCGAAUUGAGGUCACUUCAGUUUCCAUUUUCUGUUUCUUUCCUGUCUCUGAAGCGAAAUUCGAGCAUGGCGGAAGAAGCUCCUGCAUCUGAAACCUCGGUUACAAUGCCCCAGGUGGUGGAAGCUGUCGUAGGGGACCAAACCCUAAACUCUUCUGAGAAUGACAAGAGCGGAAUCUCUGUGGAUGCUUCUACGGCCCAUGGUGUUGAAGAGUCUGUGUCUAAGACUGAUGCUUCCGUUAGCGAUCCUCAGAAAUCUCUGGAGUUGGCGAAUGAGCUGAUGGAAAAAGGGAACCAGGCAAUAAAAGAGAACGAUUUUGGAGAAGCAGCUGAUAGCUUUAGCCGUGCCCUCGAAAUCAGAGUGUCUCAUUAUGGUGAACUUGCUCCUGAGUGUGUGCACACAUACUACAAAUAUGGGUGUGCUCUUUUGUACAAGGCUCAGGAGGAAGCUGAUCCUUUGGCUGAUGUGCCCAAGAAGGAGGGUGGAUCUCAACAUGGCUCCACAAAAGAAGGACCUACGGUGAACGCCGAAUCUUCCACUGCUUCUUUCUCGAGCAAUGCUGUGCAGGAUGUGACUUCAACUGACCAGGGUGAAGCAGUGGAUGAUGGGUCCACCAAGAAUGACGAGGAAGAAGGUGACGAGGGUAGUGAUGCAGAAGACUUGGCAGAAGCUGAUGAAGAUGAGACUGACCUGGAUCUGGCAUGGAAAAUGCUUGAUAUUGCUAGAGCGAUUGUUGAAAAGCAAUCUGUCAAUACAAUAGAGCAGGUGGACAUAUUGUCAACAUUGGCAGAUGUUGCAUUGGAAAGAGAGGAUUUUGAAACUUCCCUGUCGGAUUACCAGAAGGCACUAUCCAUCUUAGAGCAACUGGUUGAACCAGAUGAUAGAAAAAUUGCUGACUUAAACUUUCGCAUAUGCUUGUGUUUGGAGGUUGGUUCUAAGGCUCAAGAAGCAAUUGCCUACUGUCAGAAGGCUACAUCUGUUUGUAAGGCACGAUUGCAUCGUCUUACAAAUGAAGUAAAGAGUUGUUCAGAUUUGACAUCUGGUUCAGAUUUAACCCGGGAUGUACCGACAGGCCCUAAUUCUGACUCUAAUAACUCAAUUAUGGAUAAGCAAUCAGAGAUUGAAACUCUGAAAGGUCUAUCAACUGAGCUGGAAAGAAAGCUUGAAGAUUUGCAACAGUUAGUCUCAAAUCCAAAGUCAAUUUUAGCUGAGAUCCUAGGAAUAGCCGCAGCCAAGGCAGGCAAUGGGAAGGAAUCAUCUCUGGGAACGGUGAGUUCCUCACAGUUGGCUACUGUAAAAACCAAUGGUUUUGACUCUCCAUCCAUUUCAACUGCCCACACCAAUGGAUCGGGUGGAGUCACACACCUUGGUGUGGUAGGAAGAGGUGUUAAGCGAGCAUCAAAUGCCAGCUCGGCAGAAGGAAGCACACCAAAGAAACCAGCGUUAGAAUCAACUGAAGACAAGGGUGAUGGGAACGCUUGCUGAUGUAAUUCUUCGUGGUUUGUAUGGUGUGUUUAAUUUGAACUUUGAAUGCAACCAUACAGUUUGGUGACACUAGUGAAUUAUUGAUUAGAGGACAUUUUUGGGGGAUUGAAUGUUUUCUGAGAAAGUGUUCUGUUAUAUAAUCUCCGUACUGGCUUUAUGUGCACACAAAUUUCUGAAUACUUGAAA